AUGCAGCAAGGUUCAGGCUGGAAUGAGUACCCGUUUAUCCCCCGUCACUUCUACCCUAUCCCAGGCAGUCAGCCACCAAUGGAUGGUAUUUGCCUCCCCCGAGCAAAGAAAAUUUACUGGAAUGAGCAAGACAAUAUUUCUGAGCAAUUUGGUUCUCACGAUACUAAGAAACGUGCGUCUCAAAUGGACAGUGAGACAUCCCCAAGAACAAGAAGUCUCAACCCCCCCGGCCCCCUUCCUAUAUCCGAUAGUGCUAAUUCCAAGGGGAUGGAAGAUGGCAGGCAUCUAAGAAGACGUUAG